AUGAUGUCCGGUAAUUAUACACCGAUUGACAGUCAGAAUGUCUCCGGAUCUGUUCCGGCUGCCGCUGAUUCGUCUGGUCACGUCGCCGUCAAGUUCACCGAGUCGAAUUUGCAAACGUUUCCACCGACUGCCGCUCAGGGCAAGAUCUCUGCUGCCUCUGGACCCCCUCGUGAUGCCGACGAUACUUUCUCAAAAGGGGCACCUGGAUCUGAUAACAACAAUACCCAGCAGGGUGGUUGGUUUCGGACUUUCUCUGUAGCUGCAUAUAAACCUUACUUUGAUGUUGACACUUCUGAUGUCAUAGAGAGGAUCAUAGAAUCACUGUUCCCAUUCCGAGGAAGUUUUACAGAGAAGACUACAGAGCGUCCAGAUUUGUAUGGGCCAUUCUGGAUAUGCACUACUUUAAUAUUUGUGGCAGCUUCCAUUGGUACAUUUGUUACAUAUUUGUCACACAAGUUACAGAACAAGGAGUGGAACUAUGACAUUAAUUUGGUGACAUGGUCUGCUGGUUUGUUCUACGGCUAUGUUACUAUAGUUCCUAUCUGCUUGUAUGUUAUUCUCAAGUACUUCUCUGCCCCGGCUGGCCUUGUUCAGCUGUUCUGUCUCUACGGCUACUCUUUGUUCAUCUUCAUUCCUGCUUUGUGUCUCUCAGUCAUUCCGUUGCAAAUUGUCAGAUGGAUCAUUGCAGGGGUAGCUGGAUUCAUGUCUGCUACUUUUGUUGCACUUAAUCUCAAAGCUCAUAUUAAUUCCGCAGGUGAAAGAUGGUUCUUGAUUGUGGUGGGGAUAUUCCUGUUGCAACUAGCUCUUGCCUUGGUAUUGAAGCUGUAUCUCUUCACUGUAUCAGUGUGA